CAUCUAACCAGGGCAAUAAGGGCAAAGCGAAAAGGUUUACUGGUUGAGACAAUUAGCUUAUUUCACUAAAUAUUUUGCAAAAUAGGACUGUACAAAAUUUAUCAUACAUUUUUUUACUUGCAGGUAAAGGGAAAAAAGCUGUCAAAACUCAAAAAUGGCGAUGUGAAGGCAUUUGAGAAUGCAGUGGCAGUUAUUCCAGCAUGGAAAGACAAAAAGCCAGUUAUCAUGGAAUCUACUCAUCACAAAGAUGCUAUGCAAGAAAUCACCCAGAAAAAGUGGGGAGGCAGUGAAGAGGUGAUCCAGAAGCCAUCAAUGAUUUGUGACUACACAGCAAAUAUGGGAGGCGUAGACAGAGCCGAUCACUACUGUGCCAUGUACCAUUUUGCCAGAAAAUCCCUCAAAUGGAGGAGGAAAAUUUUCUUCUGGUUAUUCGAGGUGGGGAUCAUCAAUGCUUACUUGCUAUAUGUCAUCAUAGCAGAGAAAAAGAGGAGAGACACCAAAGAGUCAUUUGCAGUUUCAGAAGAGUCUCGUCAAGGAGCUCAACUAACAGGCCACCCCAUCAAGGAAGAGGCCAUGUUCUGAGCAUGGUGACCUACACAGAAUGGAUGGCCUGUACCAUGCUAUUGCACAAUGGACACUGGGAAACAGCGUGACUGUGUCGUUUGUAGUGAUCGCUCCAAGCCAGGAGGGCGAAAACAGUCCUCCUUUCUUUUUGUGAAACUUGUCCUUCCAACCCUUCUCUUCAUGUGCCUGAGUGC